ACACCAACAGAAACCAAUAUGGAGAAAAGCAGGAAUUACUCGCCGAUGCUCUGUUUCUCCGUGACGCUCCUCUGGUUUCUCCAGCUGGGAUUCAACGGCGUAAUUACUGCUGCUGAUUAUGUCCCCGACGACGAGCCAUAUGUUCUUUACUGCAGCCAGGACAUGUACUUCAGGGGCGACCGCGAUCUCAAGGCGAGCAUCGCGGUGGUGCUCCAGAAUCUGAUCCAGGCGACGGCGGCGCCAGGGGGAUCCGAAAUCCAGUGGGGAUUCCACUACCCUGCCGACGAUCCUCACGUUUACGGUGCUUCCUUCUGCCAGUCGUCUGAUAAACCGGCGGACUGCGGGCGGUGUCUCAGGAUGGCUAGAAACAUGCUUCUCCAUGGAUGUUUCCACGGCGCCGGCGCUGAGUUCUACUCCGAGCUCUGUUACCUGAGAUUUGAGUUUUACAACUUCGAUUCUUGAGUUGAUGAUAGCACCAUACCAUAAUUGCUGUUACUUUCCGAGUUAGUGCACUACUAUGUAUGAAUGUAUCCUUUCCUAUUUCUGGUUAAUAAAAAGACAAAAGUUGA